AGAAAUAAUCAAUAAAUGUAAUAAAAUAUUUAUUAUCACACAAUGUACGUGAAUAAGAUCCACUGAUGUCAGUGUGAAUAAUUUCUAAAAAAUCUAGACUUCGAGUUAUAUUUUUCUUAUUAGUCUUGGUGAAUUUAUCCCUAAUGCAGUCAACAUAAAUUUCAAGGUCUCCAAAAUCAAGGGGAGGAAGAAUAUCAUUUUUUAUUAAUCUUUCCAUUAUUUCUCUAGAAAUGUGACCCAAACGUUUAUGCCACAGCUGUGAAGAUUUUUUUUUAAUGAAAGGUAUCUUAGAUACAACAUUCACAAUAUUUGAAAGACCAUAUUCAUUAUUGACAGCCAAACAUAUACUGUACAAACCAUCUGAUAAAACACAAUAACCAACAAUUUUGGUAUUUAAAAAUAAUUGAGUUUUACCAUGACUAAAAUUAAAACAAUAUCUAAUUUUAUCAAGCAAAGAAACUGAAAUCAAAUUCUGCUUAAAUGACGGUACAUAAAAAGUAUUUUCUAAAAUAAGUUGAAAACCUCUGUCUAUAUUCAAUCUAACAAUUCCUAUAAACUCAACAUGGACUUCAUUAUUAUCUCUUAUUUUAAGUUUGGCUUCCCUUUCACUUAGCUUUCAUUUGCUUGUGAAUCCCUGCAAAAUCAUGACAAUAUGAGCAGAAGCUCUAUUGUCAAUCCACCAAGAAUUUAAUGGGACAUUAACUAAACUGAAUUCAAAGCAAACAAAGGCUAGUGAAUUACCUUCUUCUUUGCUCUUCUUUUAUAACCAAGACUUGAAUUGGGUGCACUCACUUUUCUUAUGACUUUUUUUUUACAAAAGUAACACAUGACAUCUUUAAUAGCAGCCGUAAGACCUCUCAUAUUCUGACCAGUACCAUGUCUUUUGAAAUCUUGACCAUUCUUUGAAGCAUUAUGAUUAGAUUUUCUAUUAUUUCCCUGAUACCGACUUUUGAAACUAGAUUUAGACUGAGAAAUAAACAAGGAAGUUUCACUCUUUUCUUUUCUAAGUUUUUCUUCCUCAGAAUCACACUUGGAGAUAAGGUCAUUAAUUGUCCAAGACUCAUUUUGGUUGUUGUAGGCAGUUUUGAUUUGACUAAACUCAGGAGGCAAAGAGUUAAGAGUGUGAUGAACAAUGAAAUCAUCAGAAAUAACAAUUUUGAAAGCUUUGAGUUUGGUUUGAACAUGGACCAUUCUAAGGUUAUAUUCCCUAACACCACCUAUAUUGUCAUAUUUCAUACUCGUUAAUUCAUUCAUUAGGCCCCCCCAGCUUCAGUCUUAUUUGAUACCUUGUAUCUCUCUCAUACAGCGGUGAAGAACUCCUUGGUAUUCUUGGUUUCAGGCAAGCCACUCAUAAGGUGUUCAGAGUUAGACCUUUUCAUAGUAAUCAUAUUCAGCCUAUUAGAUUUAUUCCACUUUGCAUAAAGGUUUUUUUCAUCGGAUGAACUCUCACUAGUAGAUUUAGCAGGUUCAUUCUUUUUCAAAGCAAAAUCUAUAUCAUCAAUUUUUAGGACAAACUCAAUAUUUUGCUUCCAUCUCUUAUAAUUAGAACCAGUCAAGACUUAAAUGUUGGCAUUAUUACUAUUUCCAGCAAAAAAGACUGUUCAAAGCAACAAGAAUAUAAACAAUUAGCAAAAUUGUGGCCACAUUGAGUGAUACUACAAAGUGAUCAUCUGAUUGACCUGAUCAAAGGCGUUAAAAAAAGGUUGAACCUAGGUGUGUGUCAAUUCAAACCUAGGUGUGUGUCAAUUUUUGUGCUAGGUUGUAUUAAAACAUUUUAGAAUUUAAGCAUUAUGGGUAUUUGCUUCACUCCUUCCACUGGAACGAAAUCACAUUUCCCAUAUGAUUAUAAGAUUAACCCCAAAAGAUUAAGCUGCAUAAUUGAAUCUGUUAACCUCUUCGGGCUAUUCCUGUGGACUUUGAUCUGGGAUUGCCCAGAGCAUGGAUCUUAUGGCAUAGGCCAUGAACCUAGGGGAUUUGUCCGGUAUGAUAUCCAAUUAGGGGUGCAUGAUCCCUAUGAAAAUUUUGUCUCCGUAAUCAGGUUGUACAAGAGAAUGUGUGCCCAAGAUCACCAGGUGGGGGAGAUUGAAGCAUCCAUGGCUGCCCAACAUACCCAUAGCAUUGACUAUUGUUCAUCCAAAGAUCUUGAGAAGAUGACUCCAGAUGAACUUUUUGAGAUAUCCAGAUCAAACUAUAGAUGCUAG